AGUACUGUCACUGUUCACUGUCAACAGUGUUGAGUGCUUUGAAAUGGAAAUGAAAUUGUAAUUUGUUAUAUUUUUGUUGUGAAAAGCUAUGUCAGCUGUUUUUUAAACAAAUGUAUGUUCAUUAUGUGAUGUGAAAUUGGGAUGCCACUAGAUAUUUAACAGGGGGCUCUGAGAAGCCUUCACGAUGAACAUCAUGCGCAAAUUGAGGAGCGGGGCCACCAACCCCUCUCCGGCAUCAUCUUCAGACUUAGGUGACUCCCCUUCGUCGCCGCAUACUCAGUUGGGGUUGAUGCACCUCAAGAAACUCUUCUCCGAGUAUACUCAUCCGCCACACCAACUCACCGAGCAGGAAAAGGACGACAAACUCUACAAUAUGCUGCCCCUCUUUUGCAAGGUAUUUGGUUCAAGUCCCACUUGCGACAUGAACGAAAAAUUCUGGGACAUUUUGGCGUUCUGCCAGCAGGUAUCGCUGCUGAUGGUUUCCGAAAUACGCAAAAGAGCCUCGAAUCAAAGCACGGAAGCUGCCAGCUGCGCCAUCGCGAAAUUUCUCGAAAUAGAAAACUGUGAGGAGUCCAGCAAUGGUUGGAUGUUGCUUUCUACGCUCAAUCUGCUAGCCGCUGGAGAUUACACCUUGGUACAGGUUAUGUCAGAGGUUUCUGUACCUUCUACGUUAGUGAAAUGUUUGUACCUGUUCUUCGACUUACCCGAACUCUCAGAAAAAGAAGCUAACACCAAAGAUACCAAUAGUGACUUUACUCCGAAGGAGAGAAGAAUACUUUUACAAAAGAUUUUCGUUCAACUUCUAGUCCGACUCUGCAGCAAUAGGAUACCUUCAGAAGAACUAGCCAGGAAAGACGAUUUGCGAUUGUUGUUUACCGCAAUCACGUCAUCGGUUGCAUCGUACAAUACCAUGUGGAGAAAAAGUGCUGCUGAAGUAUUGAUGACUUUAUCCAGACAUGGACUUACUCCACUAGUCGUUGGAUAUAUUCAUUCAAAUUCCUGUGUUGCCGGUUGCAUACAAAACAUGAAGAAAAUCCCGGAACUGGCACCUUUGGAACUGGUCGAAAUGUUCGUCACGUUGUUCUGUUUCCUCAAAGACUCCAGCGAAGUCUCUUCAACGUUGCUAGAUGAUUUUAGACAAGCUCAAGGCUAUCCUUUCCUGUCGGAUUUCCUUCUUAAGUUUGAAAAUGACAAUUCGAGUGAAGCCCAAGAAACGAUACGGAACUUAGUGUUGAUGGUAACAUCUUUGUGUAUGUGCGGUUAUAUUGAGUUGAAGCCUUCUCAGGCUUCGACAGGCUCCUUAUUCCAAAUGCAAGGUUUCAUUUUACCGCAACCUUCAGGUAGAGGAACGAGCGUCCGAAACAUCCAGGCAUUCAGGGUUUUACAGAACGCUUUUCUUAAAUCCAACUCAUCUCUUCUGUGUUCCACCAUCUUGGACGCAAUAUCGAGCAUAUAUCACUCAGACAAUGCUAACUACUUCAUCUUAGAGAACCAGAACACCCUCACUCAAUUCACAGAGAAGAUCCAGCACAAACCAGCCGAGAUACAACAGAAAUUGUUCGAUCUCAUCGAGUUUUUGGUAUACCAGUUGAACUUUGUACCUUGUAAGGAAUUGAUAUCGAUGUCUAUAUUUUUGAAAACGCACAGUCUAAAUUACGUGGACUGUAGCAUAUUAUGUAUGCAAACAUUACUGAACAUCUUAAAGCAUAAUCCUAUUUUUAAAGACGUGUAUCGAGAAGUAGGACUUUUAGAGGUUAUGGUCACGUGUUUAACGCGCUAUGGGAGUUUGCUUGAAGAUAAAAAAGUCUCAGGGACAAACGCCAAGGAUUACAAAUUAGUGUGUAGACAAGAAAAAUUAGGAGAAUUAGUUGUCGAAGCGUUGACGAUCUUGUUAACUAGCAAUAGCUCCAACGCUAAUGUUUUAAGAGAGUGCGGCGGAGCCAAAUGCGUUCAUAAACUAGUGCAAUACACGGAAUGUAGGAAUUCAAUUUUAGGUAUUAUUAAAGAACUAGUAUUAACCACAGGCGGUGACGACGAUAUGACUCAGCUCCUUCAUACUUUAAAUUCCGCCCCAAGAACACAAUUGCAGCUAAAAAUUGAUAUAUUGGAAGCAUUGAAGCUAUGCUUGAAGGAGUCACAUCGUACCAGAACAGUAUUUAGAAAGACUAACGGCUUCGUGUACGUAACGAGCGUUCUUGUGGCCCUAGAAGGUCGCUUGAGCCAAAGAGAAUCGAAUCCCGAAGUGUUGCAGCUAUUGAGCAUAGUGUUCCAAACGAUUUGCACCGCCAUGCGUUUCGAACCGGCCAACGCCAAGUUCUUUUACCACGAAGUCUGCAGGACGAGCCUCUGCGAUACCGUCAGAUUAUUAGGAUGCUUUUCGGGCGAGAAAGUGUCUAAAAUUAGUGAAAUAGAUUUCGAAACGACGUCCAACGGAUUUCAGGAGGUCUAUCAGAAUAUUUUUGUUGGUCCUGUCACUAAUCCUGAAAUACCAGAAGAGAUAUCCCCAUCUUUAGCAUACACUACAAUAGUAUACAGGCUUUUAUAUGACCUAGCGUUAGACUUAUUUGAUAAAAAUAUUAAUACAAACAUAUUUUCAUCUAAAUCUCCACCGUUGUCUCGAGAUAUCAGUAUUCAGGGAGAUAUUAAUGGAAAGCGAUCAAAUGUCAAUUCCCUAAAUUUAAGCCCACCAACUCCAGAUCCAAUCAUAGUUCAUCCUGGGGUUGUAGUUUGUAUGCUACAACUUUUACCGUGUAUAAAAGACGACCACUUUGAAAUGUACCUGAGCCUGCAGUUGUUCAUAGCUGAAAUUAUAAAAUCUUUAGUACGUAGCGAGAGAAACCAACAAGUAAUGUGCGACAAGAACUUCGCCAAUUACCUCUUGACGAUCGGAUCGGAACCACUACAGAACGAAAACCACCCCUUGCACAAUUCACUGCAAUAUAUGCUCGAGAGAUUGGCAGCCCAAGCGAUAGAAGCCAAAGAUUUGAGACAGUUUUUAAGGUUAGGAAAUCCACUUUGCUGCCUUCCGUUGGGCUCCAACGAACCAGGAGGUUAUCCGGUACCUUUGACCAGGAUCAAGACCUUAGUCUCCAUGACAACGCCCAAAGAUUUCCGGGCGCAGUCUUCUUAUACCUUGCCGCCAUUCGUCGAAUUCGAUAUGUCGGCUGAAGGAUUUGGCUGUCUCUAUCUGCCCAGUAUCGCACCACAGUCUCCGUCAGCUCCUAGCGUGGUAUCGACGGUCGAUAGUAGUGUUUUAGGAGGGAUAGGUGCUGGUGAUCGUAUGUUUCCUCCACAAACAGGCCUUAGCUACUCCUCGUGGAUAUGUGUCGACAAAUUCUCCGAUCCUAGAUCCGAUCCACACUGCGUACGGCUGCUGACUCUGGUGAGAAACUUCAGCGGAGCUCGAGAAGACCAUUUGGUUUGCCUUUCUAUAGUUUUGUCAGCAAGAGACAAAGCUAUCAUUGUUUCCACCCAAGAAACGCACAUACCCAACCAUAUAGGAGAUUGGGAGCCCGAAGGCUCUGGCGAGCAUGGAGCAAGAGUGUGGUGUCCUGAUAUUCUGCAAGAAGGUCAAUGGCAUCACUUGGUGGUCGUUUUAAACAGGGCCGUACUGAAGAAUUCUUCUUUUUCGUUGUACCUCGAUGGGCAGCAGAUACACAACCAGAAGAUGCACUAUAUUUCGCAAAAUCCUGGAGGCGGUGCUGCUAACUUGACCGUCGCUUCGUCUGUUUAUGGUUACAUCGGAACGCCGCCAGCUUGGAGGCGGUAUUCCAGAUUGUGCUGGAAGCAAGGACCUUGUCACUUGUUUGAAGAGGUUCUACCUCCAAACACAGUGACCUACAUGUACCAGCUCGGUCCGCACUACAUGGGCUCUUUUCUGGCUCCAAUUUUGAACAACCCAGACAUAGGAUCGCUGGUCACGGAGGAAAAGGUCGUCUUCGGCCUGAACGCCAAGGCCGUCUCGCAGUUGACCUUGAACAAAAUAAGAAAAGUCUACAGCCGAACGGACAAUAAGUCUAUAGCGAAGCAGCUGGGCAUGUCUAGCCACGAGAGUGCUACCCCCAUCAGGAUCCUUCACAAUUCAGCGGGACAUUUAGCUGGUUCGGCCAGGACGCUAGGAGGAGUUAUUAUUGGGUACCUGGGAGUGCGAGUUUUCUGUCCAAGGCCUGUAGCUACGACGAUAGAUGCUGUGGGAGGUUGUUCGGUGCUUCUGGGACUCAUAGCGAUGGCGCAAGAUAUAGAAAGCUUGUAUGCAGGGGUGAAGGCUUUAGUAUGCGUUGUCAAAAGUAACAAAGUGGCUCAAUCGGAGAUGGAUCGGAGACGAGGUUACCAAACAUUGGCUAUGUUGCUUCGAAGGAAAAGAACUUUACUUAAUUCGCAUAUCCUUCAUCUUGCUUUCAGCUUGGUAGGCACUGUAGAUAGUGGAAGAGAGUCCUCAGCGAUUCCUAACAGGACUGCGUUUCAAGAUCUUUUGUGUGACCUUGAAGUUUGGUACGAAGCCCCAGGAGAACUCCUCAGAUCGCAUUUGGAGCACCUAUACGAACUAGCAGCCGAAUCCAACGAAAAGAGAAACAAUUCUUGGGUGAUGAGGGAGCUGCAGCUGGUAGAGAAGCUUCUACACAUCUGCCCCGACGUCAAACAUCCAGCCACAAGACAAGUCCUCUUCUCUCUGCUUAGCGUUUUGCUCAGCAACCAACCCAGACACAACGACUUGUUGCUUUUCGGACAAUUCAUGGCUUCCAUGCUGCCUUCAACUCCCGAAGAGUCUGAGAAAGCUCUGGAGCUUCGGGAAGGUGACGCAGAAAGAGAAGGAGAAGGGGAACACAUUUUGCUCAGGAACAGGUGCUUGGGAUUGUUGCAUUCUUUGAUUUUUGCAAGCAGGAACCACAUUGGGGAAGAAAUAGUGAAGACGCUAGGAUUUGAUUGGUUGUUAUUGUUCAUGCAACAGAAUUUGCACUCUAGUACUGUGAUUUGGGCGAUGAGGAUCUUGGUAGCCAUCUGUUCCAGUCCGUCUUUGUUGGGAAGGUUCCGUGAUGGUCUCAACAAUGGCGGUUGGCUGCGUUACACAGAACAAGUGACGCACAAUAAGAUGGCGGUCGUGUUAGGCAACCAACUAAACAACGUCCACUGCAACGAUUUUAAGUCCGAAGCUCUUCACAUUCCGGGCUUCAAAUUUUUAUCGUGGCUGCUUCCAUACCACCUCGAAAUCUCCGAAUUGUACUUUCUGAUAACGGCGCUAAUGAUGGGACAGCCGGCGAAGCUACUUCCGGCGGAAAUGAGGUUCGAUUUGGAUUCGGUGUGGGCGUUCCUGUGGGGCGGAUCCAUCAACCAUCAACCUAUCAGCAGCCUAAUUCCCAGGAUCAGCUUAUGCUCCGAAGCCGUGGUAGUACUUUUGGGGAUGGCUAAAGCGAUGGCUCACGCCGAAGAAGGAAGUUUGCCGCCCUGGUUGCAGAACCAUCCGAUAUCUAUAGUUCAAGUACUCUUCCAACUGUACCACAACAUGCCUGAAUUCAUGCCGAUAUUCAUGUCUUCGGAGGUCCUGAGCGCCCUCGCCAGUGUCCUCUUCCUUCCGAUAACCAACAGUGACAGUAUAGAUAGCAGCGGGGCCUCUACUCCAGCGGGAGACGAAAUAGAUCCUCUGAUGAUGAUGACGCGGGCUCAUGACGACCAAAACUUGAUCAACCACCCAGUUAGGCAGUUCAUCAUAGACUUUAUCAGAGUGAUUGUCGUUGAUUCUCUCAGUUUACCUCUGACGGGAAAGAAUUCGCCUGUCAUCGAUUUGGUUUUGGACGCGUAUCCUGAGAAUUCGAGCAACAGUCAGCAAAUCACGUACCAAACAGAGAUCUUGGUGACCUUAAUGGACCACCUACUGGCAGCAGAUAUGCUGGUAGGCGACCAGGCUGCCAUACCUAUCGUCCCGCUUCUAACAGCUCACAUCCAGAACGUCACUCCUAACGUUUUUUAUCUGACUGCAAGAAUCGUCGAUAAACUAUGGCAAGGCUGUCUCACCAAAGACCCUCACGAAGUAUUCGACUUUAUAGUAAAGUUAAUCGGACAAGCUAAACGACGAACUGGAAAUAUUUCUUUGGAAAGCUUGUACCAUUGUCUGAAUAGGAGCAUUUUGUUCUUGCUGAGCAGGCCUACGGAUAGUAUAGCAGACCAGAUGUCAGUAUUGGAAGCUUUGCACAAGCUUACGACUAAUAGGUUGAUAGUUUUUGGAGCCGGUAACCAUGAACUUGACUUUAUCGGUUGUCUCAGCUACUGUCUGCUGCAACUUACGUCAGAUAUGAAGAUAAUGCUAGAUUCCAACAUGAAGACCACCUGGCACGUCAACCCGAGCAGCGAUCUUGAAUCAAGGGACGAACAAUUGAAUUGCCAUCAAGGAAAAAAUCUGAUGGCAGGUGCUGCUCUUAGAGUCUGGGAGGAACUUUACGUAUGCAAGAAGCCGGCCAUUGAGGAGGUGUUCAAGGUGACUUUUGCGCAGCCCCACCAGAAUUCCAAAGCGCCAGAUCUUCUACUGGUUAGGGACCAAGUAUUUGACGCUUCUUCGAAGCUGUGGUUGAACUACGUAGAGGGCGAGAGGAAGGCAGUGUACAGAGUUCCUUUUGAGCUUCAUAAUCAGAUUCAGUCCAAGAUUCACAAGGUUACAGGUGGACUGACGAGACUUGCUAGUAGAACUAAGGUCAAAAAAGACGAAACCAUCAAGGUUCCUAUUAGAAUUGGGAAGAAACGAGCUUUUACGUGGACGUACUCUCACAUCAACUUGUUAAAAAGUUUGAUGGAAAUGAGACGUCAGCAGCACCAGAACACCUCCCAGCACACUCAACGCUACGUCCAUCAGGAGUGGCUGCAGACCGAGAAUGACCUAACUCGAGAACGAGGACUUUGGGGUCCUCCUGAACCGAGUUCCUUGGACAAGUGGAUGUUGGAUAUGACAGAGGGGCCGCACAGAAUGCGAAAAAAGACCAUGAAGAACGAUUUGUUCUACUCGCACUAUCCGUACAGGGUGGAACAAGAACGGGGCUUGUUGAAAUAUAAGGUAGCUACCAGUUAUCACAGCAAAGAGUACUAUAAUGCCAUCCAGCUACGGAAGCACUUGGGAGUAAGUGGAAUGAUGGAACCGGAAAGAUCUGAUAGUGUUGUAGAAGAACCGUCUCCUCUGCCUUUUGCCCCAGCUCUCUCCCAAUUGGCCAGGCUCAGGUCAGAUCCCGACGAUCUGCAAGAGGAAGCCGACGAAGAGGAAUCUUCGUCACAACCGGACAAUCAGACGUUAAUGAGGUUGCUGGAAGCAAAUGAAAAGAUUACAUAUAUGUUCAGAUGUGCCAGGAUCCAGGGGUUAGAUACUACAGAAGGGCUUCUAUUGUUCGGCCAAGAACAUUGCUAUGUUGUCGACGGGUUUACUCUGCUGAAAAACCGGGAAAUUAGAGAUAUCGAGAGCGUUCCACAUAACACCAAUGAAUACGAACCGAUUUUGCCAAAUCCUGGAUCUCCUCGAAGAUCCAGAGCCAUGAGGCAGUGUUCCAAGUUUUCAUAUGACGAUAUAAGGGAAGUGCACAAAAGAAGAUACCUACUCCUACCGAUGGCUUUAGAGGUGUUUUCUGGCGACGGCAGGAACUACUUGUUGGCAUUUCCGCGCAAAAUUCGCAACAAAGUCUACCAAAGGUUCAUGGCGACGGCCACUGGCAUAGCUGACAGCGCCCAGCAAUCUGUGGCUGGUCAGAAAAGGACGGCGAACGUCGAACAAGCGACAGGGCUGUUGAGCAACCUCAUCGGUGAGACUAGCGUCACUCAGAGAUGGGUGAGAGGAGAAAUAUCAAACUUCCAAUAUUUGAUGUACUUAAACACUUUGGCUGGCAGAUCUUACAAUGAUCUAAUGCAGUACCCGGUGUUUCCGUGGAUAUUAGCCGACUAUGAUUCAGAAGAACUAGAUUUGACCGACUGUAGUACAUUUAGGGAUUUCACGAGGCCAAUGGGGGCUCAAAGUCCUGAACGCUUGGAGCAGUUUAAGAAAAGAUUUAAGGAAUGGGACGACCCUCACGGCGAAACGCCACCCUACCACUACGGUACUCACUAUUCCAGCGCAAUGAUUGUUUGCUCUUAUUUGGUACGCUUAGAACCCUUCACCCAGCACUUCUUAAGGCUCCAAGGUGGUCACUUCGAUCUCGCUGACCGCAUGUUCCACUCCGUCAAAGAAGCCUGGCUUUCGGCUUCCAAGCACAACAUGGCCGACGUCAAAGAACUCAUCCCCGAGUUCUUCUACCUCGACGAGUUCCUCUGUAAUUCUAAUCAGUUCGAUUUGGGGGUGAAGCAGAAUGGUGUCAGUCUUGGCAACGUGGUACUGCCCCCUUGGGCGAAGCAAGAUACCAGAGAGUUCAUUAGAGUGCAUAGACAGGCGUUGGAGUGCGAUUUCGUGUCCCAGAAUCUUCACCAUUGGAUCGAUUUGAUUUUCGGUUACAAACAGCAAGGCCAGCCCUCUGUGGAUGCUGUUAAUGUAUUCCAUCAUCUCUUCUACGAAGGAAACGUGGACAUAGACAACAUCGACGAUCCUUUGAAGAAAAACGCUACUAUAGGAUUCAUUAACAAUUUUGGUCAAAUUCCCAAGCAACUGUUUAAGAAACCUCAUCCUUGUAAGAAAAUGGCUGGCGCUAAUAAUAGGACGUCCGUCAUCGAUACGGGAUCACUGGUGCAAGCGUUUUCUCUUCCACAACCUGAGAAGUUGUUCUUCCACCAUCUCGACAACUUGAGGCCAUCUCUACAACCCAUCAAAGAAGUGAAGAGUCCAGUAGGCCAAAUUCUGCACGUGGACCGUUCAGUCCUAGCUGUCGAACAAAACAAAGUUCUGAUGCCUCCAGCGUUCAAUAAGUACGUAGCAUGGGGUUUUGCGGAUCAUUCCCUUAGGAUAGGCAACUAUGAGAGCGAUAAGGCUGUGUUUGUAUCGGAAAGUGUCGUGCAGAACAACGGAGAGAUCCUGGCAUGCGUUUUUCCGAGCCCCAAAUCCAUUGUCACUGCUGGUACAAGCUCGGUGGUCACUGUGUGGGGGUAUGAAGCCCGUAAAAAAUCUCUGACAAUAAAACACAGCUUGUACGGCCACACAGACGCCAUCACUUGCUUAGCUACAAGUCCAGCAUACAACGUCAUCAUUUCCGGUUCAAGAGACUGCACUGCGAUCAUCUGGGAUCUGUCUAGAGGCGUCUUCGUACGACAGCUCAGAGGCCACGCUGGUCCUGUCGCUGCUGUGGCUGUUAAUGAUCUUACAGGAGAUAUAGCUACUUGUGCUGCCACCUGGUUGCAUGUUUGGAGCAUCAAUGGAGACGAAUUAGCUAGUGUUAACACGUGCAUUGGCACAGCUGAUCGGAUGCAACAGAUCCUUUGUGUUGCAUUCUCGCAGACUCACGAGUGGGACUCGCUAAAUGUCAUCAUGACAGGCUCGUCGGAUGGUGUCACAAGAAUGUGGUCUAUCGAUUAUGUACAAGUGCCAGAUGAUCAGAAUCCAAAUUCGAUCAGUUCUAAGCCCCCGAUCGAACCCAAGUCUCCGAAAUCGCCAAAAUCGCCUAAGCCCAAUGAGACAGUAUCCAAACCGUCGUCAAUACACCACAGGCUUGUAAAGCAGAUACAUGUAUCGAGCAGCUCUUCUUUGGGAAGUGCAGGUAAUUUGAUGAAAUCAGGUUCUGAAAGCAGUCUUUCCGAAGAAAAUACGAGGCGCAGUUCGAUAGACAGGCAGAUCAGCAACGAAAGCAGUUCGAAAGAGUGGAGGAGUGAACAACAAGACGAGAAAGACACUUGCAGUGACACAGAAGAGGUGGCCCCUCCGGUGGCGCCUGCUAGAAGAAGAAGAUCGAGAGUGCACUGCGGAUUUAGAAAAAGUGAAGGUGGCAACAGUGCGGAAAACCCUAGCAUAGAUAUCGACGAUGGUUCUGGACUGAGGACGAGCAAAUCUGACACUAGUCUGACAGAUUCGUUCGUCUUGAUAUCCGAAACGAAGAAGAAAUCGCCCAAUCCUUUGAAUUCACUUCGACCAGGUUUUAAGUGGCAAAGACAACUAGUUUUUAGAAGUAAGCUAACCAUGCAUACCGCAUUCGAUCGAAAAGACAAUACUGAACCUGCUUCUAUCACUGCCCUCGCAGUUUCAAAGGACCACCGAAGCGUGUACGUAGGAGAUACACGCGGUAGAGUCUUCUCGUGGAGCGUUUGCGACAUCCCGGGCAGGGCGGCCGACCACUGGCUGAAGGACGAAGGCGCCGAUUACUGCGCCGCAUGCAGCAUCAAAUUCAGCAUAUACGAACGACGGCACCAUUGCCGGAACUGCGGCCAAGUCUUCUGUUCGAAAUGUAGCAGAUUCGAGUGCGAGAUUUCGAGACUGCGCAUCCUCAAACCGGUCAGGGUAUGCCAGAGCUGUUACGCCGCCCUCAAGACGGACAAAUCUUAGAUAAGACAGAUAAGUAAGAGUUAAGUAGAUGUGUGACGUACCACGACUGCCCUUCUUGCAGAUGAUCCUGUAGAAUAUUAGAGAAUGUACUAGAAGGUGUCGGUAUUUUUUGAGUAAAACCUUUAAAAGAGGAAAACUACAAAAGAAAACUUAAUAAAAAAUUACUUGUUUAUCUAUAAUAGCCGUAUGUGUGAGAAUUAAACGUCAACACUGUCACUAACGAGACACCUAGUCAUGGCUGUCGAUAAAAUUGUUGACAUUUGACAGUUUAUAUCUGACAGAUAUUAUAUGUGCUUGUCAAUAUAAGUUCCUACCAGUGUUGCCAGCUAUGUUUGUAACACCGUUAGUAACUGACAGUUGACAGGUCGGUGUAGAGAACCAUAUACCUGUAUUUAAAUUUUAAAAUCCGGAUAACCCGAUGGACGUCGAGGUUUCCGGUAAAAAUUGGCGUUUUAUUGAUAAUGUCACUAUUAAUAACUAGCCACAACGCCAAUCACAAUUUUAGAAUUAAAAAAAAUAUUCCAUAUGUUUUAACUUUUUAUUAUGGAAUGUAAAUCGUUCGGUAACUUUCAAUUUUUUUAAUUGAUCGGAAAUUGGUAAGUUGUCGUAUAUUGAAUUAUUCUUAUAAGUGAUGUUUCUAUGUAUAGUUGUAGAAUACAGGGUGUGUCCAAACUGCAAGGAUGUAAACAGAAAAAUGUGAAGAAGUUCAAGUAAAUCUUCUUCUUUAAGUGCCGCCUGCCAAUCGGAGGUUGUAUAUCAUCAUCACUAUCUUUACUCUAUCUACAGUUGCUCUGAAGAGUUCUAUAGAACUUCAUUUAAACCAGUCCCUUAAAUUCUUCAACCACGACACUCUCCUUCUUCCUAUACUCUUUCCUCAUCUUAUAUUUCCCUGCAUUAUCAGUCUUAGCAUUUCAUAUCGCUGUACCCUCCCAUUACAUUUUUAUAUGCCAUGUCAUUCUUCACCUUAAGGCCACAGAACACCAUAAAGAGGAUUAAGGGAAAUAUUACACAAUGUACACAUUGGGCUUCUAAUUGGAGAUGUUAAGUCACAAUGACGACCUCUCGUGGAUUUCGGCGGAACUAAAAUUGAGGCUUUUUUUCUUUUUAUUGCCCUGCUAUAAUGGGGGUUUUUAAUGUCAAAUCGUUGUCAGUAUUUUCGAAAAUCAAUAUAAUUAAUAAAUUUUAAUACAAAAGAUUUAAUUACAAAAUACAAAAUGCAUGGUUAUAACAGCAGAUCCAAUAAGAUGUAAAUUGGAGCUGGAAGGUCAGAUAAUAGAACAAGUGAUGGAGUUUAAAUACCUAGGCAUCACACUAUCUAGCUACGGAAGGCUCGAAACAGAAGUGGAAGAUCAAGUGAAUGGAGCAAACAGAGUUUGCAUCCGCAGGUUGCCUGAAUGACACAAUAUGGAGAAAGAAAUAUCGGAAAAGAAAUGAAAGGCAGAAUUUACAAAUCAGUCAUCAAACCAAUAAUGACAUACGCGGCAGAAACACGACCCUACACAGAGAGGACAAAAAGAUUGCUCGAAGCAGCAGAUAUGAAAACCCUUCGAAAAAUCGAUGGGAAAACUCUAUAGGACAGAGCUAGAAGUACAGAUAUACGACGGAGAUGCAAGGUGGAUAACAUUAAUAACUGGGUAAGAAACAGAAGAAUAUAAUGGAAUGACCACAUAAACCGAAUGACAACAAAUAGGGUAGUCAAAACAGCGAGAGACGGUUCCCCAAUAGGAAGACGAUCAGUGGGAAGACCACGAAAACGCUGGAACAACUUACUAGAGGCACAUUGAAAAAACAGACAGAGUCAUGUCUAUACAAAAAGAAGAUUGAAGAAGAGAAAAGAUUUAAUUAAAAGUUACAAACCUUUUAUCAAAAGUGUUCUUAUUUGUAUAUUGUGUUGAAGAAUAUUUGGAGUAUAUUUAGGACGAACACGUUCUUUUUGAUUAUACUGAUGCUGGUAGAUUAAUCGAUGGGACUACUAAAUUUUUCACUUUAUUGAUUUUCGAAAAUACUGACAAUGAUUUUAACAACGAUUUUACAUUAAAAACCCCCAUUAUAGGAAGGCAAUAACAAGAAAAAGGCCUCAAUUUUAGUUCCGCCGAAAUCCACGAGAGGUCGUCAUUGUGACUUAACAUCUCCAUGGCAAGGAAGUAAAAAAAUGAAUAAAACCGUGCAAAACCAAAUUUUUGAUGAAAACUAAUUAUAUUUGUAAUCACCCUGUAAUCUGCAUGACUUACUACUUACCAAAAUCCAGUAUAAUUACAUUUUUGAUUAUAUACGUAUUAUAAUAUGAUAUCCACCAAUUGUAAACUUUUUUGGUAAUAAUUUUAAUAGUUGUUUUGUUUUUGUUUGUUCAAAUGAUCGUUGAAACUAAAACAUUUUAUUAUUUAUUGAAAAAAAAAGUUUAAUUUUUUGCUUGAUAGCACUAUUAGGUAUAGCCUUCUGAUGUAUAAUUUUAUAAUACCACUGUUCGUCUGUACAUUUUUCGAUAAAUUGCAAUAUUUUAUUAAGACAGCUGUCAAAUUAAUCUAAUAUGAUAGUGUUUACUAGUCCCGAUAAUAAUUCGUCAACCGUGAAACGUGUCUGAAGGUAUAAGGCCAGAGGAAAUAAGUAGGAAGAGAAGAAUACCGAAACUGUAAGCUUUGGGCCAAUGAAUAAACCUGAGUGGCGAUUUUGAACAUAAUCGCUUGUUGAAAAUCAUUAAUUAUUGCCCUACCUGGCUGUGUGACCAAAAACCAGAGGCUACGACAAAGUAAAAUUCAAUACAGGAGUCCAUUUUGAAGAGAACUGGAGAAUGAAGACUUUUAACCAGAGACAUGUUAACAAUAGACCAGGCUAGGGAUAUGCCACUCAAUGCAUCGGGAUGUAACGCCAAUAUCAAGUACGGUGGUCUAGCUAUCUUUAUCUGUCGUACGAGUGUGAGCUUAUCUACCAAGAGGUGGGAGUAAUGGAACGACACAGACACAGCGACCAUCAUAUGCUAGAGAGAGAAAGCUAAGCGCCGGUAGAGAGAGAUAGAUAGGCCACUGACCCGAACGGCUCCGCAUUACGCUAUUUUUCGAACCUUGCCUAAUCUACGUAUUAUUAUAUUUAUGGAAUGGAGGCUUUUAAGAAGCGGCUGUGUGGCUAAAGAUAGGAAAAUCUAGAAGAAGAAACAAAUUGUGUUGAUGAAUUUUAUCAAUUUACAAAAAUUAUCGUUUAGAUCUGACCGCUGCCUUGAUAGAUAUAUUAUUUUUUAUAUUAUUGCUUUUUUAUAUGAUUUUUACGUAAUUUUAUUAUAGGAUUUUAGCGUGUGUUUUCAAUUUAUACAAUUUUAUUUAUUAUAUAGUGUGAUUAUUUAUUAAACACUUGUUAUAUUGUCAAUUUUUUAAAAGAUUAUUGUUGUUUCAGUUGUACACCAAGAAUUUUAGAAUAUAUCAAUUAUAUAAUGACGGUUAUUUCAAUGAAUUUAUAAUAAACGCCGUUCGCUCAACUCAGACGCAUUUUGACAGAUUCAGAGUAGGAAACGUACAACACAAAAAUCCCUACCUCACACUAUUAACAGCUCAAAUAAUUCUACUCUUUCGUUAAAAAAAAAGAAUUAUUGGAAAUAGUGGGAGUGUAUACUAAACUCAUACAAUUUUGUCGAAUUUAUUUCCUCAAUUUUUUUUAUUAUGUACAAUAAAUAAUUUUCUCAUUUGUUAUCAAUACAUUAUAAUUAUGGUGUAAAUAAAUAAUUGUUGAUUGGUGUAAGAUUUAUGUUAUUUAUGUUUGUUUACUUUUAAUAUUGAUUAUAAGGACGUGUGCUUGGUUGUACAGUUUCCAGCCACGUCUAGUCUGUCAAAUUGUAACUUCGCAAAAAUAAUUACUAAAAUUACUAGACAAUUGUGUCAAAGAUUAGCGAACCGACUAUAUUAAGUGUGUUCGCAGAGACAGUCAGGGACUAGUCCACAAGUGGAGCAUGCCCACUUUAAAAUAAUAUAAAUAAUACCGUUGAUAGAUAAAUAUACAAGGUAUACUUACAAUUAAUUAAUAUUAAUUAAUUAUUAAUAUACAGGUAUAUUUAUCAAUAAACGAUAAUACAUUAAGUACCUACCUAAAUAUAAUAUGGAAUUAAAGUGCGCAUGCGUUGUCGUGGACUAAAAGUCACCGACGGGGUCCGCGAACGAACAUAUUCUUCACUGUGGAUAGAUACAUCAAUUGUCUAUGUCAUAUGUUGCAACAUUUUUGUAUAUUAGUUUUUAUUUUCGAUUUUCUCAUUGUAAACUUUUGUUAACUACAAUAGUUCCGGGAAAUAUUCACAAAAAUGAAAAACCCUGUUUGUGACACUGAUCCGGCCAGGUUAACGACAGUUAACUUAAACAAAUCCGGCUGCUAGUAACAAAUUACAACAAAAUAUCACGAUACGGGUGCAGUGGCAGCAUCUGCUUACAAGAAUCGAAAGUUUUACUUUAAUAAUCCAAAUCAAAAAGUAAGAUUUUUUAAUUCAUUAACCUUUCGAUGACCAACCUUUUUUUGUUACACGGAUGACCAAGGGGGGGGGGGAAAUGACCCCAGGUCAAAAAUGACAAUUAACAAAAAAAUGAAGUUUUUUUUUAUUUUUUAUUUUUUAUUUAUUUUUUUUUGCAUAUCAUUCAGCUACUCACAACUAGAGUAUUAGUGUCAUGUGUAGUGUGUAUGUUGAGUAAGUGUCUUGUUACUUUGCAAAGUCGACGUCAUUAGCGUAAAACUACUUGGAAUUACACAUAAUAGACAGUAUUUUACUAAACAUCAACUUCAGAAUAUAUUUUUUAUUCGUAAAAUAUAGGGAAUUUUUUUUAUUCGUAAAAUAUAGGGAAUUUUUUUUAUUUCAAAAUAGAGAUGGUACAGAAUAGCAUUUUUCGGUAAUAGGUUGGAACCGAACCUAUUCCAAACAAAUACCUAUUCCAGAAACCUAAUGCGAGUUUCCGAUUCCGACGUGAAAAGACGAUAUAUUGAUCGCCCUAGCUUGUUUCUAGUUGUGUCACUAUUGUCUUGCGCUGCAUCAAAUUUAAACGAUCAAACUAGUGGGUACCUAUAAUUUUGUGUUUUUAAUCUAGAGGAUGUAUUUAAUUUGAUUUUUAAAUAUAUUUAUAUUUCUUACCAUGUUUUUCCUACAAUUCGUAAAUCUAUAUAACAACUAUUAAAACAAUUUUUUCUUACAUGUAAUUAUGGGUUUUUAAAUUACCUAAAGUCGAAUUUUAUUCAGAAUUCACUUAUACAAAUGGAAAAUGAAGACACUAAGUUAUUACAGAAGAUAGGAUCGAUUAGAUUAGAGUUAUAUAAAUAAAAACAUACUGCGAAAGAGUCAAAGUUUUAACAGUUUUAAAUGAAAACUAUACCCGCCAUAAAUUAUUAGAAAUCUGUUACAGCCCUAUCAACGUGAAAUUGUUUUGAACCCAUCACAUUAAACAGAUGUGAGAUGUUGGAAUCGAAACAGUCGCCGCCGAUGCGUCUCUCUAUGGUACCUAUUCCGAGAGAUCAGUUCAAGUUUCAUUUCAAAUCUCUUGUCACUUGUAGGUACCUGGAAUAGUCGAUUGAAACAUAUUCAGACGUACCCGCUUCAGUUCCAUCAUGCCAUACGUCAUCCCUAAAUCGAAACGAACGUCACCGAUGCGUUCCCUACUAACCGUACGGUGGCUCUUUCGAUGUCUAAAUGGCUAUGCUAAAACCUAUUCCGAGCGAGAGCGAGAAUCCAGUUCGAGUUUAUUGUAAAUUGCGGAUUGCGGCGAGGCCGAUGCAGCGCCAAUGGAACCGAAACCGAUGCCGUCGACUUUUUGUCACUGGUGCGUGGAAUAGACGAUUAGAACCUAUUCCGAGGUACCUGCUCCAGUUCCAUCAUGCCAUCUCUAUUUCAAAAUAUGAGGAUAUCUAGAAUGAUAUCAAAGUCAAAUAAAAAAAUAAUGAGUUAAAAAUUGAAAAUACUUUUGAAUUUAUCGAAGAAAAACAUACGCUGGGGUCACAAUUUCCCCCGCUUGGUCAUCCGAAGGUUAACAAAUAAGUCAAAAAACAGUUAAUUUUCGCUUUUUUCGUCUAUCAGCAAAAAGUGAAGCAUUUGCCUGGCAUGGUCAGUGUCACUAGAAAAACCUUAUUUCUCUGGACUACAACCGACUAUUAUUGAUAUGUUCUAAAAUCAAGACACUCCUUUCUUACCUUAGCAAGUAUUAUUUGAUACAGAGCAAUAUAUUACUAGAACAAUAUUUGUUGCCUCGGUAUUUUUUGGUAAUCCAAACAAAUGUAGAAAAGCUUGUGCAAGCAUGUAUCGGCUAGAAUCGAAAAUUAAACAUUACACAAUGACCGAAGUCAUUAAUAAUGUAAUGAGUUCUUUACUUUGUUUAUAUUCUUAACACUUAAUUUAUAUUCUUCACUAUUUACAAUUUAUAAUACAUUUUUUUAUGUAAUUAUGUUUAUUUACAAUCUACAUCAUUAAAAGAGUAUUAAGUAAAUUUGUUCCAUGUUUUUUGGGCAUGAAGAAGAGACUUCCAAUGAUGUCUUAUCUUAUUCUAUUUAUGUUUAAGUUUUAAAAUAGGUCCUGAGGCCAGGUUCUAUCUAGCCCCCUUGUGGCAGGGCCAUUAUGGAAUAAUUCUCUUACUAACUCAUUGUCAUGGUGAAUGGGACGCUGAUUUUGUGACUCUGUGGCUCGAUGAUUUCUUCUCUGAUGAAAGGUAUAUUUAAGUCUUCGUGAAGUGUUUGAUUAGUUACGUACCAUGGUGGAUCCACUAUUGAUCUUAGAACUUUAGACUGAAAUCUUUGGAUGAUAUUCAGUGAUGUUGACUUUGCACAGCCCCAGAGGUGUAGUCCGUAGUACCAAAUAGGUUUGAGUAUUGCUUUGUACAGAAGAAUUUUGUUUUGGAUGUUGAGUUUUGAUCUGCGCCAAGGAGCCAAUACAUUUGCCGGAAUUUCAAAAACAUUUAUACUAAAAAAAAUUUACUUUAUCGCUACAAUUUAUUUUAUACAAUAAUUUAUAUGGCGCACUAUAUUCUAACUCUAACUGAAUCCCUGCAAGCAAGCACGCAAGCAAUUUGAUUUCAUCCGGCCUGUGAGAAAUGUCCACCCUAUUGAAAAGCACAUUCGGGUGUAACAAUUUAUUGGAGCGAGGUGUAUUAACCUGAGUAAUAGCAGGAGUCACUCCACCUCGCUCCAAUGCUCCAGACCUUUCCCCCCUAUAGCACGCUGAUGCGCGAUAGGGGCACAACUAUCAGCCAAAUGCUCUUCACAUGGGAAUCCUGGGCAAUAAUAUUUCAAUGUGGUGUCCUAAUCGGUUUCAAAACUAGACCAGCGUGAAGCGCUCUAUGCCUGUAUCCUCUACUGAAUCCCUGUCUCAAGAGUUCUCUUAUUUAUACAGUCCUACUGUGCUUCUGGCAAACGGUAGAUAAAUUUCGAAGAACUAAACCCAUUCGGAACUCAGGUAAAACAACACCUUCUAGAAUGAAUGGGACAAUUUACAUUUUAAGUUGGAUUUAUAGUUUGACGUAGCGUAGACGUAGACGCAUCGGAGACGGAAGAAACGGACUGGAAACGUAAGAAAAUAAUAUGCCAAUUUAUAAUUCGACGUAGCGGAAUUUUUGCGCAUGAGUAGAAAGAAUGACUUAAUUCAACAACAUAGCCUACGCUAUAAAUUAUACAUUAUACGAACCGUAAACAAACUUUGUGUUUAUUUAUUUAUACUAUUAUUUAUUAUAAUAUAUAGGUAUCCGUUUUGGUGUUACAUGGAUUAGGAAAUACACGAAGGUAUGCUCCUUAGUGCCGUGGUAUUUCCAACUAUUUUGUUUCAUUUCCUAGUCGUUUAAUGUUUAUUGGAUUUACCUAUCGUAUAUGUGCGGAUAACCCAGAAUUAGACUAAUAAACAACUCAUAUUUAUCUGAAAUAUUGAAACUACACCAUGAUAUAUUUUUAUUAAAUUAAUAACUUAAUUGUAACAAAUAAUUAACAAAAUUCGAAUAUGUUAUAAUAAACACCUUAACCUUACAAAAUGGAUGAGGGCGUGUCCACUUUGGGCUUUGGGUGACAGAACAAAAUUCUUGAUUUUGAUUGGCCAGAGAUAAGAAACGCACUGUAAAAGAUGAAAGUUGGUGAACUCUUCCGUUACGUUAUGUUUCUCUUACGUUCCGUCAGGCGCUUGCGUUCAUUUAUAAACAAGAGUACACAAAACUCGGUGUUGAACUUUUCCAGUGCGUCUACGUUACGUCUACGCUACGUCAAACUAUAAAUCCAACUUUACCGUCGUUAGAGUGAGUCGUUAACCUCUCACUUAGCACUAUGUGCAAUUUAGAGCAAGGAGGAAGUACAUCCACAUGGCAUUCCAUAAAUCUUAAUACAUCGACUUAAUGUCGACUACUUUUCAAUGUUAAAUGUAUCAAUAACACUUUACACUGGACGAUAACACUGAUGAUGGUCAGUUUUGACCAAAAACGUUUUGGGCAUUGUAAUUUUCCACUGCCUUGUGGAUAAAUUUUAAGGAAUUUUUUAAUAAAUUCAUAUACCUAGACAGGGUGUCCAGAAACUCUCCCGACAAACGAAGACCGGAGAUUCUUCAGAUAAUUUUAAGACAAUUUAACCCAAUUCACCUAGUACGAAAAUGCUUCCUGGCGGAGUUAGAGCUCUUUGAAGAUGGCGCCUUGAAAUUAGUUUUUCUUAAAUAUCUCCUUCUUCUUUACAUGCCAUCUCCGCUACGAAGGUUGGCAAUCAUCAUUGCUAUUCUCACUUUUGACACUACAGCCCGAAAGAGUUCAGUUGAGCUGCAUCCAAACCAUUCUCGGAGAUUUCUCAGCCAGGACAUUUUUCUCCUCCCUAUGCUGCGCCUUCCUUGAAUCUUUCCCUGCAUAAUUAAUUUUAGGAGUUCAUAUCUGUCACCACAUGUUAUAUGACCCAAGUAUUGAAAUUUUCUUAUUUUGAUGGAAUCCAGUAUCUCCCUGCUGUUCUGUAAUCGCCGUAGUACUUCCUCAUUGGUUAUUCUGUCUGUCCAGGAGAUCCUCAGCAUUCUUGGAUCCAGAAAUAUCUCCAGACCACUGUUAUUUAGAAAAAAGAAAACUGGUACGCCUAUUUAUCUUCCAGAGAUACAUCGUUUCCAUCAAUUACGAAUUUCUAGUACCAGUCAUAGGCGCCCAUUUUGGGUAGGGCAACUGGUAUUUUUUCGCAUUACUUUUUUGUCUUUAACUUCUAAGCAUUUUUGACACUGGAUUAUUAAAUUGUGAGGUAUUCUAGUACUAAAAAGUACUGGCGCUAUAAUCGAACAAAAAAUUAUUUAUGUAUUAUCUAUACGACUACGAUCUGUACAUUUUAUAAAAUUAUACAAAUCAAAGAACACACCUUUUUAUAAAUGAAAUAAACACAAUUGAUUUGUUUUUAUACCAAAUUACGAUUACGAUUCUGACAAUUUGUCAGUUGGAAUUAAAAUGUCAUGCUAUGAUUUGAUUCUAUACAUUAUUAAAAUCAUAUAUUACAUCAUUAAUGACACACUUAAAGACUGAGAAGAACUUUAAAUUAUAGUCGUAUAGAUAUGUAAUAGGUAAAUAAUCAGUAAAUCGGUAAAUGUAAAUCUUUUUUUUCGAUUAUAGCGCCAUCUAUCAACAACUGGAAUAACUGUUAUACAUGUGUAUGUAUCACGGACGUGCCUUUUUUCUGUCACUUGCGUCACACUGAAAAAAGCCUCUGAGAAGAACUCUACUGACUUUUAGUACUCUCCUUUUGUAGAUUGAUAUUUUAUAUUCCAGUAGAGUACUCGCUGCCAAUGUCCAUGCCAGUUAAGUAAAUAGAAAGCAAUCCUAUUUACUAAAACGAGUAAGUUCCCCCACCAAUACCGACUGAAUGAGGCACUAGCAUCGUAUAGACCGAGUAAUUCAAAUUCCCCGCGCCGCGCCGUAAAGCUUGAUUGUAAUUGGUCCAACCUCAGACAAGUUUACUCCACUGUUAUCAAAUUUUGACACUAUUGGCAUUUCAUAGGUUAAUUAAGUUAUAUCGGCGAUUUUUUGUAAUUUCUACCUUGGGUGUGAAUCUGUCUUUUUAGUUUACUCCUCUUGGUUUAAAAACAAAGCUUAGUAGCUGGUAUCAGUGAUUAGAUAAGGUGCUAAGAAGUCUCCAACGGCGCACCUACACAUUAAAAACGUUUUUGGCGUGUAGACGCUACGAUCCCUAUGAAACACUCUCCUCCAGGACUCGCCCCAGCCCCCCACCCGCCUUCAGUAACUCGUACGAAUUACCAGCGUCGUGGAACUGAGUCUUAAUCGCAAAAACAGACGAACCACUCUGUUACAUAUUAUCUAUAUGACUAAUUCAAAGUUCUUCUCAGUCUUUCAGUGUGUCAUUAAUGACGUAAUAUAUGAUUUUACAAAUCUACUAGAGAAUCAUAGCAUGACAUUUUAGUUAAAUCUGACAGUUGUCAGAAUCGUAAUCUGGUGCAAAAACAAAUCAAUUUUGUUUAUUUCAUUUAUAGAAAGGUAUGUUCUUUGAUUUGUAUAGUCUUACAAAUUGUACAGAUUAUAGCCGUGUAGCUAAUAAUAUUAUAUAUUUAUAUAUUAUAUAAAUCAUUUUUUGUUCGAUUAUAGCGCCAUCUAUCAACAACUAGAAUAAAUGUUAUAAAUGAUUUUAAUCACGGACGUACCUUUUUUCUGUCACUUGCAACUCAAUGAGUUAGGAAGAAAUCGAAAAACUGAUCGAAAGAUGCCUGUGAGAAGGAGAAUAUACGUCUAUGCUCUUAAGCAGGCGUGGAAUCUGAUUUUGAAUCACUUCCGGUUAAGAUGACAACGUAGUCCGUAAUUUAUCGUCAUUGUGUAAUGUAUAAUCGAUUCUAAAAUAUAUCGAUAUUAUUUUUGUAUCCGAUCGUGAUGACUGUAAUAAGAAUUUAGGAAGAUGUGCACAAGCAUCUGUAGACAAUAUACAUGUGCAUUAUUGUGCAUUCCAAGAUAUAUUUCUGUAUAUUUGAUAAAUGUAUGUGAUAUUAUAGAUUCUGUAGUCCGAUAGUGUAAAUAUAAUUUGUCCUAAAUCAUUAUAUAAAUAAAGGUUAUCAAUCCCUACCAAACUAA